CUAUGAGCACAUCCAAGGACCUUGAUUCUUCUCUUUCUUCUUUCUCUCCCUGUUUUUUUUUAAUCUUAAUUUUCCCGAAGCCAAGCUCUUGGCUUCUCUAAUGGAGACCAAACAUGUCACCCAAGAUGGGACUGUGGAUCUUCGUGGCCAACCCGUUCUUGCUUCGACGACUGGAAAAUGGAAAGCCUGUGCUUUUCUCGUAGGAUAUGAAGCGUUUGAAAGGAUGGCGUUUUAUGGUAUAGCUUCCAAUUUGGUGAAUUAUCUAACGACCCAACUUCAUGAAGAUACGGUGUCGUCGGUUAGAAAUGUCAAUAAUUGGUCGGGAUCUGUUUGGCUUACUCCCAUCCUUGGAGCUUACAUAGCUGAUUCUUUCCUUGGCCGCUUUUGGACUUUCACCUUCUCAUCUCUCAUCUAUGUCAUGGGAAUGGUGUUUCUGACUAUGGCAGUAUCAGUAAAGACCUUAAAACCAACGUGCAACAAUGGCGUCUGCAGCAAAGCCACGCCCUCACAAAUAACCUUCUUCUACAUAUCUCUCUACACCAUCGCCCUCGGCGCCGGCGGCACCAAACCAAACAUCUCGACAUUCGGUGCCGACCAGUUCGACGACUUCAACCCAGCUGAGAAGCAGAUGAAGGUCUCAUUUUUCAACUGGUGGAUGUUUAGCUCAUUCGUGGGCGCUCUCUUUGCCACUCUUGGCCUCGUCUACAUCCAAGAGAACCUCGGCUGGGGCCUCGGCUAUGGUAUUCCGACCGUUGGCCUUCUGUUUUCUCUCUUCAUCUUCUAUUUGGGAACUCCCCUUUACCGGCAUAAGGUUAGAAAAUCUCGGAGUCCUGCCAAGGACUUGAUUCGGGUGCCAUUCACAGCGUUUCGGAACAGAAAGCUCCAGCUUCCGGCUAGCCCCAGUGAGCUUUAUGAGGUGGAGCUGCAGGGUUACUCCGGCGCCGGAAAAAGGCUGGUCCAGCAUACUCCCAUUUUCAGGUUCUUGGACCGAGCUGCAAUUAAAGAUGCCACAAAUUCCUCAAGGCCCAAAUGCACAGUGACUCAAGUGGAAGGAACCAAGCUGGUCUUAGGCAUGGUCAUAAUCUGGCUAGCCACCCUUGUCCCAAGCACCAUUUGGGCUCAAAUCAACACCCUCUUUGUCAAACAAGGCACCACCUUAAACCGAACCCUUUUCCAUGCCUUCUCCAUCCCAGCAGCCUCCCUCGGCAGCUUUGUCACCCUCUCCAUGCUCCUCUCCGUCCCAUUGUACGACCGCUACUUCGUCCCGUUCAUGCGUCGAAAAACCGGAAACCCUCGAGGUAUCACUCUACUCCAAAGACUAGGAGUCGGCUUUGUCAUCCAAAUCAUAGCAAUUGCUAUUGCCUACGCAAUCGAGGUUCGAAGGAUGCACGUCGUUCGAACCAACCAUAUUACGCAACCAAACCAAGUCGUUCCCAUGAGCAUCCUCUGGCUGUUGCCACAAUACAUCCUCCUUGGCUUCGCAGACGUUUUCAUUGCAAUUGGGUUGCUCGAGUUUUUCUACGACCAGUCCCCGGAAGACAUGCAAAGCCUUGGAACUACAUUCUUCACAAGCGGGAUCGGAGUCGGAAACUUCCUCAAUAGUUUUCUCGUCACUGUCGUCGAUAAACUCACCGGAGAAAACGGCGGGAAGAGUUGGAUUGGGAACAACUUGAAUGACUCCCAUUUGGAUUACUACUAUGGCUUUCUUUUGGUCAUAUCUACACUCAAUUUGGGGGUGUUCUUGUGGGUGUCAAGUUUGUAUAUUUACAAGAAGGAAGCCAUUGAAGCUAAAGAUGGCAUUGAAUCCAAAGCGUUGGAUACAUCUCUUGGGCUACAAGUUUGAUGGAGGCUAAUAUUGCUAUCAAUCUUUGUAACCCAUCAAAACUUAGAACAACACAAAUAAUCAAUCAAAUUGUUCAUUAAAAGAUGGGAUGUUUUAAGA